CUGCCCGCCUUCCACUCUUAAUUCAAAUACAAUUCUCUAGAACUUUCUUUCUGCUCUGUCAAUGGCGGUCGAACUUGAGCGCAAGGCAGGUGUUGCUUUCAUCGAUGAGGACUACAAACUCGCCGUCGAUCUCUUCUCCAAGGCCCUUAAGAUCAGACCUAACAAUGCCGAACUCCUCGCCAGCAGAGCUCAGGCGAACAUCAUGCUCCAUGAUUAUCUUGAGGCUGUCGGCGAUGCAAUCAAGGCGAUUCAGUUGGAUCCUUCAAUGGCGAAGGCGUAUCUGCGGAAAGGCAUUGCUUGUUUUAAGCUUGAAGAAUAUCAAACUGCCAAGGUCGCCCUUGAAAAAGGUGUUCGAUUUGCACAAAAUGAUCCAAGGUUUGCCAAGUUGAUUAAAGAAUGUAACGAUUGUAUUGCCGUGGAAAAUGCUAGUAUAACUGUUGGACGUGGUGCAUCCACAGCAUUAGCAAAACCAAAAUACAGGCAUGAAUACUACCAGAAGCCUGAGGAAGUGGUUGUGACAAUAUUUGCAAAGGGUAUACCAGAAAAUAACGUGGUCGUUCACUUUGCUGUACAGACAUUAAGUGUUGCCAUUGAAGUUCCUGGUCUGACUCCAUAUUAUCUUCAUCUUCGAUUAUUUGGAAAGAUCAUACCUGAUAACAGCAGAUAUGCAGUAAUGUCCACCAAAGUGGAGAUCCGCCUUGCCAAAGCUGAGGCCCUGAACUGGCCAUCUCUUGAAAUUAGCGACAAAGAUCAGAGGCCUACCAAUCCAUCUUCAAAAGCAAAAGUGAUAGAUUGGGAUAAGUUGCAGGCCCAAAUUGAGGAGGAGGAAAAAGAAGAGGAGUUGAAAGAUGAUGCAACUAGAAAUGCAGACACUCAGAGGACUAUGAACAAAAAAACUUGAAUGUGAAGAAACCAUGUGAUCCGAUGAUGCUUGAGUCUCUUGGGAGUUGGAUGACACAACUCUAAUAGCAUUAACAUUGAAUAACUCAUUAUCUUGAAGCCAACAAAGAUGAAGGGGGAGGAGGGGAUCUUUUUUCUCCGCAAUCCAUUCAUCAUCCAAAUCAAUCUCCUCUACCAAAAUUGGAUCAACAUUUUGUUUCCUUUGCAAACUUCGCU